AUGCAGGCGCUGAUGGGCAAGAGCAACAAGGCGCCGACGCCUCAGGAACUCUAUCGGGCAAGAAAGCAAAAGGAGGAGGCAGAGCGCAAUUCCUUUCUGCCACCCGGUCUUGUCAACCAUGGCAAUACCUGCUUCAUGAACUCCGUACUCCAGGGGUUGAUCGCAACACCCAUGCUUGCAGACAUUGUACGCUUCUCACUUCCGGACAUAUAUGCACCUAUCCUGUCACGUAGGAGUCCUCAGUUAACGAACGGACAUGGCCAGGGUGGAGCUGCGGAACGGGAUUGGGAACAGGGCAUGCCGCUCGGGGACAUAUUCGUACACUUGAUGCUGAAAGCGUGGAAUGCUCAGGAUGAAAGAUCCCAUUUAAGCAUGAGUCCAAAGGACCUGCUUUCAAGGAUUGGUGCCAAGUUUGAUCAAUAUCUUGACUUUCGACAACAAGACGCACAUGAAUUCUUGAGACACUUGCUUGAUGCCAUGCGUAUGGAAGAGCUGGAUAUUAUAAAGAAACGUCAACCUCGACCUCCGAAGACCAAGCGAAGGAAGAGCAAGAAUAGAGAUGACAGUCCUCGGCCCUCGUCUUCCGAGUCACUUGAUAUUCCUGAAGAAGACCGCCUCACUUCGUUUGUGGAUAUGGUCUUCGGCGGCCGUCUUGCAUCGAUCCUCGUCUGCGAGAAAUGCAAGAAGAUUUCUUUCACUUACGAGGACUUUAAUGACCUCUCUCUACCGAUCAAGCAGGAAGACUACGAAAAGGCGCGUAAGCGCGAUAAGUUAAAGUCUCUUGCCCGCAAGCUUGGCAUGCGUGGUAGGGGCGCAACUCGCGAUCUCGAUAGUUCGGACAAUCCUCGGUCAAGUAGUGUCCCUUCGAGCCCGUUACGCCGGAGCGAAGAGGCAGAGCGCUCGUUUGAACUUGUUCUAAAUGAUGUUGGUCACCGGAGACGUAGUCUUGAGGCUGGGGAAGAAACGCCAUCGCUCAAAAACACAUUCCAGGAGGAAGAGAUUUCCCAGGAAGCCGCAGACGUACCUUAUGAACAGAUGGUGAAAGACCGACACCGGGCAUUAGGUGUCCUCGAGGAGGGCAAGGUCCUUGAUGAAGAUGAAUCACAGAAGGAAGAACCGAGACGCGAAAAGGACGAGGACGGAUGGGUAAAGUUACGGCGGAAGAUCACCGUUAGUAUGGGUGUAAAGAAGGCAAAGAGGAAGAGCGGACCGAAGGAAGCGCCCUCGGACCUCCAAUCAAACGACGAGAGCCAGGCAGAGGCAACGGGAGAUGAGGCGAUGGACUCUUACGUAGAUGUCAAGGCUCCUUCGCCCUCACCAGCCUCACCAGCUAUGUCUCCACUAUUAGGUGCGACUAACGCGCUUCAAAGACUUCCUUUUGUACGACGGCCUUCUUCCCGCGUGGACUCACCUUCAAUAUCGGCCGUUACAUCUCCAGCCCGUAGUCCGGAUCUACCUCCCGUGACGUUGCCCCCGCCGGAAUUACGUCCACCUUCACCAACGCCUGCUCCUGCUGAGCCCAUCCGGUCGAAAUCCCCUCGGCCCCCAAAGCAGUCUGCAUCAGAGGCUGCAUACUUGCGACGUUUACUCGCUGACGUCCCGUCAACUUCAAGCACCGGUUUCAAUCUAUUCCGCACCUCCCCAUUGGCGAACUCGUCACCUGAGAUAUCGGAUGCGCGAGCAGCUUGGCCAAAACUAGGGCACGUACAGAGCGUAGAAGGCUGUUUGAGGUUGUUUACUGCAGUUGAAGUACUUGAUGGCGAGAACAUGGUCGGCUGUCGCCGGUGUUGGAAGAUCAAGAACGGAGUGUAUAAUCCGAGCCACGAAGACGCUAAGCGAGGAGAGAAGGACGAGGAAGAUGAGGAGGAGGCUGAUGCAGAUGAUAACGACGAAAGAAGCUCGAGCUCUAGUGCUAGUGUAAAGAUCAGCCUCGUUGACGGAGACGAUUCGCGGCCUCAAGGGGUUCCGUCCGCUUCUACUGGACUACAAUUGUCAUCGCUAGAUAUACACGAGCGCGACUCGCUUCGAUCUGCUCCUCCUCCGUCUUCAAACAAUCGCUUUUUGGAGAAUGACGGUCCCCAGGCCGCGCGCCUUCUAAAUGCUGGGACAUCCUCUUCACCCUCCGUAAAUGUUCCAUCAAUAUCAAUGACUGCACCAGAGCCGACGCAUGCGCCCUCUGCGUCCGAGCAAACGCCCGUUGCUGAAGUGCCUCCCGAAAGUGCUUUACGUGGUAAUAUGUCGGCAAGGCUCAUUUCGUCUCCGUCACGCGAUUCUCUGCAACUACCGACAACACGACAUUUCCGUCAACCCGCUGAGCGGGCGUCUUCAUCCAGCAUUGCAAGUGACACGAGUAGCCUCAGCUCGGACGGAAGUGGCGACGAGGCUGAGGAGACCGAGACGUCUCUUGCUGCCUCUGUACGUUCUGAUAGCUCAUCAGUUAGGUCCAAUCGACUUGAAAUGAGGACGACAAAACCAAAUGCGUUGUCAAAUUCGACCAUUGACCACACGUCAAGGUCAUCCAUGUCAAGACAACGCAGAAAGUCGAUUGGAGGUGUUCCCCGUGCAAAACAAGUCGUGAUGCGCCGCGCAUAUAAGCGAUAUUUAAUUUCUAUGCCGCCGCCUGUGCUUGUCAUACACCUUAAGCGAUUUCAACAAGUGGGACGGUCUCCGACGCAGUUGCAAUUCUUUACGAAUUUCAAGAAGCUAGAUGACCCUGUCAGUUUUCCCGAGUACCUUGACCUCAAUCCGUAUCUCUUGCCAUCGAGAGACGGUCCGGAAGGGAAGAACAAAAAGAAGAGGAGUAAGGAAGAGAAGCGAGCGGAGGAAAAUGGGAGGAAGGACUUAGGUGUAGUUUCCGAAGGUUGCAUGUACCGCUUGUAUGCGGUGAUUGUGCACAUUGGAAACAUGCUUGGGGGUCAUUACGUGGCAUAUACUGCGUUACCUGAGGCGGCUCCUUCGACAAAAGAAGACUAUUCGUCCAUUUCGAGCUCUACUAGCGUAGACUCUGUUCGUCCAGAGAAUCCACGAACGACUUCAUUCACACGCACUGCAAACCCUCAUCCGAGCUCAAAAUCGCGUACAUCUUCGAACAACGGUUCUUCUGCGCAGAGACAGUGGUGCUACGUGAGCGAUACUGUUGUUCGGCUCGCCACUCUUGACGAAGUACUUCAGGCAAAGGCGUACAUUUGCAUGUAUGAGCGGAUCUAG